UUUGGUGCCGUCGGUUGUGUCCAACGUCUGGCUGCUGCUCUUCUGUGAUGUGCUCCGUAAUAGUUCAAACAACAGACAUAAUGUCAACUGUGGAGAGCCAAGUGGAAACCAGCAGUCCGGAAACAGAGCUGAAAGGGACCAAGAGAAAGAUUUCUCUGUCCACCUGUGGUGUGUGUGGAUCAGAGGAGGCGAAGUACAGAUGUCCUGCCUGUCUGGCCCAUUCGUGCAGCUUGCAGUGUGUGAAGAAACACAAGGAAGAUUCGGGAUGCAGUGGAGUUAGAAAUAAAACUGCCUUUGUGACCCUCUCACAGUUUGAUGAAAUGAUGCUUCUCAAUGACUACAGGUUUCUGGAGGAUACAGGACGAUUUGCUGAUGGUGCCGCCAGAGACAACCUCAUCCGGACUCCUCGUGCCAGUUUAAAAGCAAAGAGGCUGGCAGCUAAUGCCAGAAAGAUGAAUAUCACAUUGAGGUUCCUCCCCAUCACCUUCACUAAGAGCAGAGAAAACUCCACCUUCUUCCUGACAAAAGAAAAACUAUUCCUGUGGCAUCUGAAGCUCAUCUUCCCUCAGAGCAGCACAGAGUUCAGCCAGAGGAGGGUGUCCGACAAGCAAACCUUGGAGCAGGUCUUGACCCCUUAUAUCCACCCUGUAGAGUCAGACCCAGUGACACGUCAAAAGUUGAAGAUGUAUGUGCACACUCCGUUUGAUCAUGUAAAAGUCUUCAUGAAAGCAGAGGGGAGAAAGGCUAACUCUGUGAGGUACCAUGAGUUGGGCAUUCACAAGAGCCUUAGGGACAACCUGAGCUACAAAACACUGAUAGAAUAUCCUGUGCUGCAUGUCGUGCUAAGAGAUCAUUGGAAGGACUAUCCACAGAAAGGACCAGCUGACCCCGCCUGCAGUAGUUUUGCAACAAAGAACAAAGGGGUCAACCAAAAGAAGGAGGAUGUGGCCCAAGCUUCACCAUCAGUACAAGAAUCUUGCACCCCAGGGGGAGCCUACAUCUGGACAGCAACCCCAGAGACCAGCCCUGAAAAUGAACCCCCACAAGAGAAAAGGGCCAAGAGAGAAGCAGGGGAGGAAGAGCCAGAGGACGGAGAGAUUGUAGAUAGUAGUGAUGAAGAGGAGGAGGACAAAGGAAAUACUGAAGAGAAUACGUCAUGUGUUAAGAGUUGUGACGGUGCCAAAAGCCCUGCUAAUGACAUGGGGGUGAUUAAAGAUGAGCCAGCAGACAGUUAAUGUUGAAGCCGGUAUUGAUACACACAGCGGCAGCAGCAGGGAUCAGUGUUUAAAUUAGGACAUCACUGGGUUCACUGAUGACAGUUCAGCUGCCAGAGAGAGCUGAGGUCAGCAUGACUAAGGAGGACGCUGCGAAAGAGCUGGGGCCUGUUCACACCCGUCACUGUCAUGAUGAGAAUGAGUCAGCUAAUGCUGCUGACAGCUGUGGAUUGGAAUGAUAAUGGCCAGAUGUUCAGGAUAAAAUGAAUAUGGAGGCAGACAUAUCUGACAGGAAGUCAUCAAUCUUAUGUCAGCGUACAGUGAACCAAUGCAGCCCAACAGUGUUUUCAGUUGUUUUAAGAAAGAGCAAUGGUUGUCUUGUAUGUCUAUCGUUGUAUCAUUGUAUAUACAUGGAAUCAUAUCAGUUUUAAUGUUUAUAAUUUUGGUUUAGCUGAUCUGU